AUGCGUCGCGCAGCGGCGACAGCGGCGGCGCGGACCCGGGUCCCCACGACCGCCGAGGUCGUGGCCGGCGCCCGUGUCAACAUCGUGCUCAAGGCAGACCAGCCUACUGGCCGGACGGUCGCUGGCACCGUGCGGGACGUCCUGACGCGGGGAAACCAUCCGCGCGGCAUCAAGGUCCGGCUUGCGGAUGGCAGAGUCGGCCGCGUGCAGACCAUGGCUUCGACUUCGGAGGGCGACGCGUCGGAGUCGGCGACUCAAGAUGAUGAAAGCAGUUCCGGUGCGUUCGCAUUAGCGGGAGAACAUCAAACCUUUGCAGGUUCGGGUCAGCACAACUCCCGGCGAAGUCGGAACAGAGGCGGUAGAGAAGAGCAAGACCGGGCGCCUGAACCUCAAGCAGUCGGUCUCGACGCGUAUGUGAAGCAGGCCAAGCCGCGUCGCAAGGGAAAGCAGACGGCUGGCCAGACCUUCGGCGAUGCAGCCGCCAACGAUGCAGCGCCAGCCCCAACGGUCACUUGUCCUGUCUGCGGCGCCUUCGAGGGCGAUGAAGCAGCGGUCGCUCAUCAUGUAGCUAGCCAUUUCGAUUGCUGA